CGGACAGUCAAACUCGCAGUGUCACUCGCCGUCAAUCAUUUCUCCAUUCUCCACUCUUUCUGCGAACCAGUUAACGUGUACGACCGAGUACGAAAAAAUGCGCACCGUCUUUCUUCUCUUGCUGACGAUGUUGCUACAAUGUCAAUCCUUGUUACCAAGUCAGUGGGUCAUCUUCGAUCCGGCAAGAGAUGCCGACAAACUCUUGUCGGUUAGUACUAUUCGGGUCGACUGGGACGGACCAAGCAACGAGGCUACUCCGAUCAGGGGUACCGCUUUUGGCGGAGAAUCCAACUUCGAUAUUGGAGGCGUUUCCGGUUCCAAGUUCCAGCUGACUCUGCCCUUCAAACGGUCUUAUGAAAAAUUGCCACCAGUCUGCACUUUCGAGUUCGACAAACCGCCCGAAUCAAACGAAAUCAUGGUAGCCGUUCCGCGUACCGUCGGCAAGCCUCAAGAACUUGCUAUCAGCGCGUUCGAGCCGGGAGGAACUCUGGUCGACUGGACGGCGAUCAAGACGAGUUUCAAUGCCAUGUGCAUCGGGACAAUGGAGACGUUCUCUGGUGUGCGCAAGAACGAGACUAGCGUUUUGCUCUAGUGUGAGGAAUGUCGUCCGGACUGACAACGGGACAGUUAGAAUGCAGAGACAAUAGACAGAAUUAGUAAUUGUUUCAAGCUGUAGGAUCAAUAGAGCAUGAUGUAGGCUGUCUGUGGGUCUAAACCGUUUGCAAUAGAGUUACAUCGUUCUGCUGUA